AUUAACAGGAAAGACAUGAAUGUCCGCACAGAGGACGGCAUAAGCCUGUGCCAAAGGGCUCUCCAGAUAGUAACGGAGCUAUGCCUCGCCGGGCACGUCGAUCGGGAGAAAUGCGCGGAUAUAUUUCCACUGGAGAGCAACAUACCAGACAUCUCUGUAAGUCUCCUAGCUGUGGUUGUAGGUUUCUGUGGGCUGGCCCUUUUGGUAGUCUCUCUCUUUGUCUUUUGGAAGCUGUGCUGGCCCAUUUGGAGAAGCAAGGCACUCUCGACCAAUGCUGACAACUGCCCCCAGGGGGUGCUACCUGAGGCACCCCCGGCCCUGCCUCUGGUGUCUCGUUCUGUUUCUCCUCAUCCUGAUUCCAAGGCAGUUGCAAUUGCAGGAAGACAGCUAUCGCAACACCAGCAGGAGGAUGAGGAUGAGAAGAAAAGAAAGGUGCCGGAGGUAAAGGUAAACGGCCGCAGCUCAGUUAAGCUUCUGGAGGCAGCCAUGAAGAUCAGUCAGACGUCACCAGACAUCCCUGCUGAGGUGCAGCAGGCUCUGCGUGAUCGUCUGAGCAAGCAGGCCAAGAUCCAGCGGCAGACUACCGAACCUACCUCUUCCUCCAGGCACAAUUCUUUCCGCCGACACCUGCCACGGCAGAUGAAUGUGACCAGCGUGGAUUUCCCCAUGGAUACUCUACCUGUGCGGCAGUCUUCUACGGUCAGUAUUGGCCGUAUCAAACCUGAGCUUUACAAGCAGAAGUCAGUGGACUCUGAAGACGGGGCCAAGGAGCCGGUGGAAACCUGUGGCAAGCUGAGCUUCGCCCUCAGCUACGACUAUGAGGAGCAGGCUCUUGUGGUUCGCAUUCUAAAGGCCCUGGAUCUGCCUGCUAAGGACUUCACAGGCACCUCCGACCCCUACGUGAAGAUCUACCUGCUUCCUGAGCGCAAAAAGAAGUUUCAGACGAGGGUCCACCGCAAGACGCUCAACCCCACAUUUGAUGAGGUGUUCUACUUCUCUGUGGAGUACAGUGAGCUGUGCAAUCGCAAGUUGCACUUCAGUGUGUACGACUUUGACCGCUUCACAAGUCAUGACAUGAUCGGUGAAGUGGUGGUUGAUAACCUGUUUGAGCUUUCUGACCUAUCACGUGAAGCUGUGGUUUGGAAGGACAUCCUUGCUGCCACUACAGAGAGUGUGGAUCUGGGUGAAAUCAUGUACUCCCUUUGCUAUCUUCCCACGGCUGGACGCAUGACACUUACCGUCAUCAAAUGUCGUAAUCUAAAAGCCAUGGACAUAACUGGCUACUCAGAUCCAUACGUUAAAGUCUCCCUCAUAUGUGAUGGCCGGAGACUUAAGAAGCGGAAGACGACCACCAAAAAGAACACACUCAACCCUGUCUAUAACGAGGCCAUCAUUUUCGACAUACCACCUGAGAAUGUGGAGCAGGUCAGCCUGUCAAUCAUGGUGAUGGAUUAUGACAGAGUUGGACACAAUGAAGUGAUAGGGGUGUGUAGGGCAGGGCCAGAUGCGGAGGGUCUUGGGAGGGACCAUUGGAACGAGAUGCUAGCUUACCCACGCAAGCCCAUCACCCACUGGCAUGCACUGAAUGAGUGGCCAGGAAGAGCAUCCAGUUUUGAGAGUCAAGGAUCAUGUCCAUCCCCCAAACCCCAACAGACCCCAUAAGAACCAGGAGUUCACACGUUCCUAAUUACAAAACACAAUUGGUUUGUAUGAUUAAAAGGGUAUGUUUUCUCUAGCUGUAGCUUGUAACACUGCAUUUUAAUUUAAAUAUACAGUACUGGUAUCCCUGCUACACACACAAACAAGUAUCUGAGAGUUUCUCAAUAAUUUUGCUUUCUUUUUAAACUGGUGCUGAGUUUCUGGGCUCUUAAAACAAUAGUUUUCAGGUCACUUUGAAGCUUACAGUGAAAUUGUGUGGUAAAACAGGGAAAAUUCUUCCUGUUUGACAGCAUAAUGAUGCCAUGUCAUUUUACUGACACGUGAAAUGACAGUGCUUAUCAUUUCAUAUUCUUGAGUUUCUGACUAAUUUUCUCCUGGUGAAAAUAUUUGACACAUUUGAUGCAGGGUUAGGGAAGUAAAAAGAAGGCUUUGAAAAAUUUAAUCAAGGCUUCUUUGGUAUGGAGGUUACAAAGAGUUGUGCUAAACAUUAAUCAAACAAACAUGUGACGAAAUUCUAGUGAUCUACACUUACAAAUUAUAUCAAGAUUGCUACAGUUACUUAUCAAUCCUCUAAAAAGUCUUUCUUUACAUGAAGAAUAGUUUAGAUUAGUUAGAAAAGAAUAGUUACUGGUGUACCACAAUGUGCUUUAUCCAUGGCAGACUGCUCUUUGUGUGUUAUGCAGGCUGGAUAUUCUUUAUAUGAACUCUGCAUUAAAAAACAGAAGAAUUGAGAGAGGUUUAAUACAUAUUUGGGUCUAGUUAUUUUUCAAAGCAUAUGUACCAAGUUCUAAAUCUAUAAUUGUAAUUAUUUGCUUGUUGAUUGUUUCUAAAUAGGCUUUUUGAAUAAAAAAAAUUGCUAUAGUAUACACUGGUGGCCAAAAGUUUGGAAUAAUGUACAGUGUUUUAUCUUAUGGAAAGAAAUUGGUAUAUUUAUUCACCAAAGUGGCAUUCAAACAUAGUCAGGACAUUACUGAUGUAAAAAAAAUAAAAUAAAAAAAAAUAAAACACUAAAAUUACUAUUUGAAAAAAGUCAUUUUUUAUAAAAUCUAGACAGGCCCCAUUUCCAGCAGCCAUCACCCCAACACCUUAUCCUUGAGUAAUCAUGCUAAAUUGCUAAUUUGGUACUAGAAAAUCACUUGCUAUUAUAUCAAACACUAAAUCUAUUUGGUUUGUUAAAUGAAGCUUAACAUUGUCUUUGUGUUUGUUUUUGAGUUGCCACAGUAUGCAAUAGACUGGCAUGUCUUAAGGUCAAUAUUAGGUCAAAAAUGGCAAAAAAGAAAAUGCUUUCCCUAGAAACUCGUCAGUCAAUCAUUGUUUUGAGGAAUGAAGGCUAUACAAUGCUUGAAAUUGCCAAAAUAAAACAACUGAAAAUUUCAUACAAAGGUGUACAAUACAGUCUUCAAAGACAAAGGACAACUGGCUCUAACAAGGACAGAAAGAGAUGUGGAAGACCAGAUGUACAACUAAACAUGAGGAUAAGUACAUCAGAGUCUCUAGUUUGAUAAAUAAAUGCCUCACAUGUCCUCAGCUGACAGCUUCAUUGAAUUCUACCCGCUCAACACCAGUUUCAUGUACAACUGUAAAUAGAAGACUCAGGGGUGCAGGCCUUUUGGGAAGAACUGCAAAGAAAAAGCCACUUUUGAAACAGAAAAACAAAACAAAAAAAGGUUAAAGUGGGCAAAGAAACACAGACAUUGGACAACAGAAUACUGGAAAAGAGUGUUAUGGAUCUUAACCCCAUUGAGCUUUUGUGGGAUCAGCUAGACUGUAAGGUAUGUGAGAAGUGUCCGACGAGACAGCCACAUCUAUGGCAAGUGCUACAGGAAGUGUGGAGUGAAAUGUCACCUGAGUAUCUGGACAAACUGACAGCUAGAAUGCCAAGGAUCUGCAAAGCUGUCAUUGCUGCACGUGGAGGAUUUUUUUGAUGAGAACUCUGAAGUAGUUUAAAUUUUUUUUUUAAAAUUGUAAUAGUAAUUUUUCAUGUUAUUAUUGUCCUGACUCUACAUUGUGAUCAGUUUAAUGCUACUUUGGUGAAUAAAAGUAACAAUUUCUUUCCAUAAGAGCAAAAUCUGUACAUUUUUCCAAACUUUUGGCCACCAGAAGCUAUAUUGAUUUAUAGACAAUAUAAAUGUAAUAAACAGCAUGCAGUGGCCAUUCACUUUUAGAAUUAAAGAAUGUGUUUAUCAUAUCUGAAUGUCCCACAGCUGG